CAGCAUUGUACCCUCACCUGCUUGUCCCCUGCCUGUCUCCCCUGGAGGAUGUCAGCCCCAGUGCCCUGCCUUGUUCCAGGACUCCGUCAAUGGGACCAACAUUCCCAAGAAAUACAGGAACUGCAGUAAUGAUGAUCCCAACAGCUGGAUCCCAUGUCUCCCAUCUCUGCUGAGCCACUAUGGGAUCAGUUGUGGUCCUUGCUAUUCCCCAAGGUGGGGCCUAACUAUUCCCCAAGGAGAGGGCACACCCUUCCUCUGCCCCUUACCAGUGCCCCAGAAUGUACUGGAGCCACUGCCGUCACCAGGUGCCAGACCCUGGCUCAGGACACACCUGCUACACCACUGCCAGGCCAAGCCCAGGCUUUUGUCUCCCAUCUGUGACAGGGGGAUUGAGAGACCAGCAAGCCCACUGACUGGACAGUCGGGCCGCAUGCCCAGGCCAUCCAGCAGCUGGGACAAAUUAUUCUUUGUCCAGUGGGAAGACUACAUCCAGAUUCAUCUCCUAAGCUGCCAGCUCUGGUACCAGCUUCCCCAGGCGGCUGGCAUCUAGCCAUGUGGCAUGUCUGCCAAGAAGGCCACUCUUGUGACCACAAAAGCCCCCACUGCCCCAAUUCUCUAUGAAGAGGAACCCAGCAAGGGCAGGGCCCCCUCCUAAAACACAGCCUUGCCACGUGGCUUGCUGUGGCCUGAACCACUACUUGCCUGACUUCCUCUGCUCAGAGAGAGCCAGUCUUGCCCCGGAUUCCACAGAGCUGAGACUCAAACCUGGACUUGCCUAGUGCCAGAGCCAGACCCUUCAGCAUAAGAACAUGGUCCUCUGCUGUCUCCCUAAACACUGACACACAUCAGCACCAACUGUACGUUCAAAAAACUCUGCUGGGUACCUGUAUCUGUCUACAUCUACAGGAUAAGGAACAAGACCAGCAAAGCAUCUCCCCUCAUGGCAUUAGCCUUCUAGAGACCAAAUAGGAAUUAAAAUAUCUGUGGAACUGGUCAUCCUGGGGCUGAGGUGUGCCUGCAAGUGGAAGAGGCAGGCAUCCGUCUAAGGCCAUCUUACCAUUCCUGGAGGUGAUGCCCCGUGCCUUCCUGGUCAGGAGUCGGCGUCCACAGCCACCCAACUGGGGCCACCUGCCUGACCAGCUUCGAGGAGAUGCCUAUGUUCCAGACUGCAGCAACCAGCAGGGCCCACCAGCACGCCAAUCUCCUGGCCUCCGGGACUCUUGGGCGGCGCCGAGGCAGGGCAGUCUGGCCUCCAGUCCCAGGGGCCCCGGGACGCUUGGCUGCCCACUCUGCCCCAAGGCCUUCCCUUUGCAGCGCAUGCUGACACGGCACCUCAAGUGCCACAGCCCUGCACGUCGCCAUGUGUGCCGCUGUUGUGGCAAAGGCUUUCACGAUGCCUUCGACCUCAAGCGUCACAUGAGGACUCACACUGGGAUCCGGCCGUUCCGCUGUGGAGCUUGCGGGAAAGCAUUUACACAGCGCUGCUCCCUUGAAGCUCAUCUCGCCAAGGUGCACGGGCAGCCGGCCAGCUAUGCUUACCGUGAGCGCCGUGAGAAGCUGCAUGUGUGUGAGGACUGUGGCUUCACCUGCUCGAGGCCCGACACCUACGUGCAGCACCGUGCUCUACAUCACGCUGCCUGAGAAUGUGCAUCCCACACAACUCACGAGAGGCAAAUAAAUGCAGGAAAUGCACGCACAAAACACAGUAUUUAUUACACACAGGGGAGGAUAGUUCACUCGGUCCAGCGGUGGCCACAGUGUGGGGCCGUGCACACGUAGUACAAGCGCAUGGCGUCCUGGCAGAAAGGUUGCAGUUAGGAAGGGUCUGGACCUCACAGAAGGGUACAACACAGAACAUCCAGCAGACCCUCACUCC